CUAACGUUUCCAGAAAUUUCUUUUUUAAUUUUUAACUGCAGAAUCACAGUACUGUUAGUCUGUUACUUGGAGUGUAGUCGAUGGAGAGCGAUGGAGCUUACAGAUGCCGUACCGCAUGUCGCCGCAGACGCACCUCCACCUCCUGCGGUGGCGCAAGGCCGCCGACUAGAAAUUCUCUGAUCGGGUGGAGUGGCCGCAUUUCCAGCAUCAAAUUCACUGUGGAGGCGAAACGUAACUGUCAUGAUGACGACGAUAAUGGCAUUACAUUGAUGGAGUGGUCCUCAUAUUUGGAAAAGUUUGAAAGGAAUAGUAAACUCCAAGGGCAGAGAUCAAUAAGAAUGAAAUCAAGAUUCCAGAUAGACAUAAAAAGCUUAUGGUUUGCUGACCAAGUGUGGCAGAUUUGGAAACCUCUUGUGACCUCUAUACUUUGGCUCCAGUGCAUUUAUUACAACCACUGCAAGGAUAGGGCAGCUGAGAGUCAGUUAAGCUUAAAAGCUUUCCACACUUCUACCUGUCCUUGCAAGAAGAAAAACAGUGUAUUGCAUAAAGAGAACUGUCAUUUGUCUGCCACAGUCAUCAGGUUAUGCUUUGGUUUGCUACAAUUUUAAUCACCAGCUUGACUGCUUGAGACAGUUGGAAUCAUGUUGGAGAGCAAAAUGAUAAGUGUGCAGGAUCAUUGUGGAUUUUGGAUACGUAGAAAUGGGAGGAGAAGCUUCGACUUGAAAAGUGCGACUUCGGCCUGGAAUAAUGUAAAAGAGUUCAGUGGCAUGCAUUGACAUUCUGGGAACUUUUGAACGUCAAUCCCGCCUUCAAUUUGUGAACUGGUUGGUAAGGUGAUUCCUCGUAGUACUAAUCAAAUUGUAGAGCUGGAACCCAUUCACCCACUUUAGCAGACAGUGUCACUGCACCCCACAGGCCACAGCCCACAGGGCGAAAUUGAUAAAUUUUACAUCGUGAAGCGCAUUACUUUAAACCAUAUGUCAUAGGAUUAUGGAAAUUUUUAAAUAUGUAAAAUAUAAUUCAAAAAUAAAAUGAACAUUGUUGAAUUUUAAAGAAAGAAACAGUGGUAAUUAAAAGAAAAAGAAAAAGAAAAAGAAAGGUACUAAAUUUGAAGCAUUAGGUGCGAAAGAAUAAAAGAAGUUCGGAUUUAGACUUUGUAAAAGGUGAUAUGAUUAAGUAGGAGUAGAGUCAUUUUCAUUAGGUGCAAAAAUCAUUUGAAGCAUUUGGACAAAUUAUUAAUCAUCAUUCCUUUCCAUUUGAUGAGUAAGAGGUCAUAGUGCGUCGGUAUAUAGCUGUGAGCAUAUCAAUUCUUUUAGAGAAAGAGAACUUAUUAACUCGACAUUGUAAAGUUUUGUCCUAAAUAUAUUUUUAAUUUGAAUGGGUCUAUAAAUACUAAUGUUGUUCUAAAAGUUAUAAGUUGGUAAUACUCGACCACAAGAUUUUGAACAUAAUAUAUCUAUUCUGAAUACACCACAAAAUCAGGUUAUUUUUUUUCUUUUAAAUCAUAAAAUCAUAAUCUAGUCUUGAUGAUAAAUUGAUAAUCCUCAGUGCAUAAUGCAUGCAGCAGGAAAUAAAUUGUGAGACUAUAAUGAUGCCAUUUUCACCUUCUCUGUCUAUAAAUGUGCUCUCUUGAAAAAAGAAGUAUUUCAGUUGUGUUGGCAAGCAACUUUGUUGUUUAAUGUUUGUUACUUAAAGCAAGAUCCCUGCACUCUUCUCUUUUUUAAAGUUCUAAACCUCAUGGAAAUAAUAUAAAGGAGGUGAUUGAAGUUGACAUUUUUCCUGCUCUGAUUCAACUUGCAGUAGUUGAAUCUCUUUCUUUUCUUUUCUUUUCAAUAUCAAAGUAUAACACCAAGAGAAUAAUAGCAUUUUGUCUUAUCAAAUAAUGGACGAAAAAAAAAAAACAAAAAAAAAACAAAAAAAAAAAA